GCGGGGCCAGCGCGUUGGCUCCGCCCCCGUCUAUUAGCUCCGCCCGGCGACGGGGGCAGGCUGGACGUGCCUUCGCUGCGAGGAGCGCGCGCGCGCGCGCGUUCGAGACGCGCCUCUGUCACUUCCUGCUCCCGCCUCUCCGGGGCGGCGCGGCGCGUCUCCUCCUCCUCCUCUUCCGCUCUUUACCGGCGUUGCCGCCGCCGCCGCCGCCGCUUCUCCCUCAGGAAAGCUCUUUCUUUCGCUUCCCCCCCAUAUUCGCCCCAUCCCACACCUGAAUCUACUAGGCGCGGCGGCGGCGGCGGCGGCGGCGACGAGCUGAGGGGAAGGAAGGCAAGAGCCGCGACGGCACCGGCAGCUUCUCCGCCGCCUCCUCCGCCUCCUCCUCCUCCUCAGCCGCGAGGGAAGGAAGAGGCGGCGGCUCCCUCCCACUUUCCGAGGGGCCCCGCAGCCCUCCGCCUCCGCGCCCCCGUCCGGGGCGAACCGAGGGAGAUGCCCGUGAAGAAGAAGCGCAAAUCCUCGGGGCAGGCGGGGGACGAGACGGGCCUCAAGAAGUGCAAAAUCAGCAGGUACCAACAGCCACCGCGGCGGCGGGGGGGGGCAGGGGGGGACCGAGCGGCUUCCCUUUCCCCCUCCUCACCGUUGCCUUGGUGACACAAGGCGGGAGAGGGUCUUUUGUGAUACCAGAAAGGCAGCCUUUAGCGGGGGGUUCCCCUCCCCUCUUGCAUUUGCACCCAGGGGUGCCAAAUUAAAUAUUUGGGGGGGCAGGUAAGCCCCUUCCCACAUAAAUCACAUGAUGAGGCACAUGAAUGCUGUUUGAAUGGCAAUGGCCUACAAUUUGGGGUGGCGUUCCCCUCAAAUAUUUUAUGGAGGGGGCUGAAGGGACCUCGGGUCCCUAGUUGGCUCCUAUGUUUGCACCUCACCUUUUCUGACACAUAUGCCAGGCUGUACCCUAUCCUUGUGCGAAGUGAAGCUUCAAUAACUUAUUGCAGGUUAUGCAUAUCCUUUCAUUUUUCACCCUUAUGUUUUAACUCAGCCCCACCCUGAGCAAAACUUGGUAUGUUUCUUGGGGCACAGGCAUCCUUCGCAUACACACAUGCGCGCAUGCACACACACACACACUCCUUCCCGUGUGUACCACUGAAGCAGUGCUGCGAACGUGCAGCUGUAGGUCUUCUAUCAAGCAAUGCAUAAUGCUGCAGUAGGCCUUUGUCAAAAAGUUGCGCCUGCUUGUCUUGCGCUGGUUCUGAACAGAAACACCAACAGCCUUUCUUUGCACCACCAGCCAGGCCCUAUCUCAUGUAUGGACUUGAUUCACUUUGUGUCCCCAGCCUGUAGAUCUUGAAUUGGCAUUGCCUCAUCGGAAGCCAGCUAAUGCAGAGCCAGGCCAUUCCUCCAUGUAGCUUAGUAUUGUCUACCAAGACCGGCAGCAGAUCUCCAUGGUUUUGAAUGGGCAUUUCCCAACCUUGUUCGAUGACGCCAGUGGUUUAAUGUGGGACGCUAUGUGUGCAAAAUAUGUGCUGUAGUUCUUCCUCUCUAAGCUCUUGCCAAGCUGUGGCAUAACUGGGUCAUGUUGUGCUGAUUUAUGAUGUCAGACUUUGACAGCAUCUCUGAAGAGAGGAGGUUCCCCACCUACUAUUUCCAACUUCCUCCAUGCAGCAGAAUGAAUCACUUGAUGCUUUUAUAGUGGUGUGUUCAUGUUUAUAUAGUAUUUUCAGAGUAACAGGAUAGGUCUCUGCUCCAAGGUGCAUACGUUCACUUCUCCUGUGAGACCAUUUCCCUGUGACAGAAAUGCCUGUGUUCUUUAUCUGUCCAGAGAUAAUCAACUCAAUCCCUAAAGUUCUAUCUACUUAUCCUCUGCAUUUCACAUAUGCUAAUUCUAUACAGCAGAAAGAUGCAACCACCACUGCAGGAGCGCACUCUGACUUCCAAAGACCUCACAUUUGGCUUCCACCAUAGCAUCUAUACCAAGGUCUCACCCAUCUCUCAACCGCUUUCUCUAAUGUAAACUAAGAUUCAGGGAAACAGUUCUUCAGAUUACCCUCCAGAGUUAUUUCUCAGCACCCUUAACAAGCUGCACUUCCCAGGAUUCUCCGUUACUGCUGAAGUAGUAUACAAGUGCUCUAAAAUUAUGGUGUAUAUGUGACCUCCAAGGAAGCGCUUAAUGCAACCUUUAUUGCUACCUUAUUUUGCAUGCUACUCUUAUUUGAACAGUAGCAGUCAGUUGGGCAACAUGGACAGGGCAGAGCAGUGUUGGUCAUGUGCCUUCCCAACACCAAUGAUUGCUGCUGGUCCCUGAGAUGAGUGGGAAGCACAGCACAGUGUGGGUAUGCUUGCAGGAGCACUGGAUUGGCUUCACAGCAUGCUGAGCUCCCUAGGCCUCUUCCUCUCAGGAACUGGCAAUGACAGUUCUGGGAAGGCACAUGAACAACCCUCCCCUCCCUGCACCGCCCCAUCAACCUGUACUGUAUUUUGCACUGCUUUGAGAAACAUUGAUUUAGUGGCUUUUAUGUCGGACAAAGAACAACUGUUUGUUCCAUAAAUUAGGGUAACAAUUCUGCUUAUGCUACCAAACUCUAGAUAUUCUCAUAUAUCUAGUAUAAAAUCUGUCUGGGUGUUAGGCCAUGAGUUUCUCAUGGCCAUGUCCUACACAUUGGAAAAGCAUGUUUUGUUUUGUGUGUGGUAAGAACCUGUGUUAUCGACAAAAGAUACUUGCCAUUAGAUUUCUUUUUACACAAAUAGCCAAAUCUGUUGCUGAGUGCAAGGUGAACGACCAUUACACCAUUGUUCUACAUUCAGACUAUUGGAUUUUAAUUUCCUGGAAGCAAUUUUUUAUUUACUUUUACUAAAUAUGCACCAAUGUAAUAUAAUUAAAUAUGCUGGUAUUGUAGAUGGAAGCAGUGGCGGAAAUAUUCAAUCAAUUCUUUUAUUGGCAUAAAAAAGUGCAUUAUAUACAUGGAUCAGAACACAACACAGUUAAUGAAACAUGGUAGGAGAUACCUUAGGAUAAAACUGUCCAGACAUCAUGAGGUACGAAGAUGGCUCUUAGGAUCUAUGGUGACGUAAUUUCAUAGUGUCACUCAAAAAUCUUGCCACAUUCCAGAUAGCAGAAAUAUUUAGGAUGAUGCAUUGAAAUGCAUUUGGGAUAGCCAGGUUGCAACCUUCGUCUCUUGCCUGCCCCCCCAGCUCAGAUUCAGCCAUCCCCUUCACGUUCUGUCAUCUGUCUUCCCUUCUAGCUUGCAGCAGGACAGAUUUCUUAAAUAAGAGGAAGGAGAAAAUGGGCAAUGAGUGGAGUGAGCAGUGGCUGCAGCAGAGCAAACUUUAUAUAGUUCUUUCAGUGUCCACAGCAUUUUAGAGUACAAUAAAGCAAAUCCUUGCCCAGAGGAGCUUACCAUCUGACAUUCAACGUGAGGGAUACUAACAGAGCAGCAAGAGGAAAGUGGAGACAGAGGCAAAUAGUGAAGCAAUUUGGGGGAGCUUUAGCUACAUAUGUGUUGGCUGUUAGUGUAUGAGUUUCUGACAAUCCAGUUACCCAGGUUGCCAUCUGUCAUACGCAGAAGUCAACAUGAUUCUAAAGGCAUCUGUGCAGAUAUCAUAUGCACAAAACUGGCAACACCAUGAAUAGUAAAUUCUUGCACUUUGCUUUUCUGUACUUGAAGCUAUGUUUAAUUAGCUAUUCAGGAACAGAAUGGAUUAGAUGCUUCACUUUAAACAUCAAAUUGUCAAGUGCUUGUUAGCAGCAACAGUUGAGUGAACUGCAGCACUGUUAUGACUUGCAUUAAAAUACUCACUUCAUGGGGUAUGAGUGUUCAGCGGCACCUGGGAUUCAGACUUUCAGUUAAACCUGAAACUUUGUUUUCAGAUGAAACUGCUAGUCACAGAUACCAUUAUUACAUGACAUGUAAAAACCAUUGGCUCUUAGCUGCCAUGUACAGUUGAGAAGGCAUAUGUUUUUAAGGCUGAAAACUAGAAAACAGGUCCCUUUGCAUUUAGUAGGGCAUACAGUCAAGGUAACAUAAUUAAGACGAAACCAUUACACCAAUUUUAUUCUGUUCCCUGCCUUUUGGAUAAGGUUUCAAGCUGCCUACAAAAGACCUGAAACAUUAAAAACAGCACUCAAGGCACCAUAACAUAAUAUAAAGACAGGGAUAUAAAGUCAUCCUGAACUCAUUCAGUUGCCAGUCCACCACCAAAUGAAACAAGUAACUUGCUUUCCUGAGUGAAUGGAUAGUAAAAGCUAGAGUCCCCUUCAGGUUGUAACAGAUUUCACACAGUUUGAGGUUCUAGUAAGUAGCCAGUCCAUUUCUGUGGCCAAAGAACUUCAUUAUGUCAAAUAGGCUAGGUUCAGAACAACAGAGGGUUUAAUUUUAGCGAUUGCUGAGAAUAUAUUUUGCAUAGUCCAUCAACAUUAAUUUACAUCUAUGAUCACUGCUUUUUUUAAAAAAAAUAAUUUUUAUUAACCGACCAAUCAAAUCAAAUCACAUCACAUAAAUUCCGAAUUACAAAGCCGAAUUUUAAAUUUUGUUGAGGGGACCCAUAUUUCAAGAUCCGAAGGGGAAUUCUGAUCAUCUUCUUGCUACUGCGUUAAUGUCCAAAUCAGUCCAAACAAAGUUCAUAAUUCUAUCCAGUCUUAUCUUGCUGUUUCCACAUCUCAUCUUGUUCGUAUAUUUUCUCUUUUUUUUUAUGAUCUCUUCUGAUAAUCUCCUUAAGCCGAUAAACACCAAUAAUAAUCCUGUGUGAAUUUUUCUGUUCAUCCAAUCCUCAAAUCGAGAUGGUUUCCAUAUAUCAUCGCAUUCAUAGAUAACAUCGCUCUUUCCAUCAUUAAUUACAGAACUGUCGUUCUUAAGUCCCUCUGAGGAGUUUCACCCACAAUAUAAAAACAGCUCUAUUUCUCUAUUUCUCCUCCCAGACUUAAGUCCUCCGACAGAACUUCCCAAUAUGGCGACGGUAUUUUUAACUGCGUCAUUCCAAAGCCCUUAUACGUUCCACGCUCUUCUUAAAGCAUGCUUUGGUUAGAAAGUUUAUCUCCACACAGACAUAAAUCCACAGCUUAAGUCCUUCAAACUACAUUUCUGACUUGUGAGGGGGGGGGAUUCUUGUUUAAUCACAUAGAGGAAAGAAAGGAAAGUUUUUUUUCCCUCCCCCAUCCAGUCCUUUUGCCAUACCGAGUCUUGGUGUAUCUUCAUCUGGUUAAUUCUUGUUCCUCUGACUCGUCUUAUUUAUCAGAGAUCUCUUCUGUUAGCAGUCUUUACUCCCCCUCCUUCCUUGAAAUAUGUGCAUUCGCUUCCUCCUAAUUGUUUCUUUUGAAGUUCUUGCAGCUAGUGGCGCGGAUCAGAGACAGCGUCCAGGAGCGCCGAGAUCCCACAGGAGGGCAUUCUGCCUAGUGCCCCCAUCCCCACAAAUUUGGAGGUGGUAUAGGGCACAGCAGGCAAGGGCAGCCCCCCCCCCCAAUCCUGGGGGGGUAGGGAGGCUAUUUACUCCCAUCACAGCCUCCAAAUUACCUUGUGUGGGUCGGAGAGAUGUUAUUGUCAGCCAUCUUCUGAUGCGCCCCUAGUGGCCCCUCUACAUCUAUGAUCACUGCUAUGUCAGGCCAGAAAGUAAUAGAAAAUGCUUGUCCGAGGGCAGAGCUUUUUCCUCGAUUUCCCAUGGAUCAUUUUGUUUAUCCUUUGUUCUACAAUUAAACUAGUAUUAGUGCCUGUACUUGCAAGCAAUGUUGUGCAUAACAGUUAGUAGCCAUGAUAGGGAUGCAGAUCCCCAUAUGCUUCAGAAGGCACAUCCAGUAGUUUGCCUAGAGGAGAUGCACAUCAACAUAUGCAUCAGUUAUGGUUACUUCCAAAUGCAGAGCUCCUUUGCUCAGCGGUGUAUCUGAAUGGCAGUGCAGUUUUCCAAGUUUUCUAAGAUACUUAGUUAUUUUAACUAUUAAGUGCACUUUGUGAGGACCUAAAUUAUUUCUGAUUUCAAACAUAUAGUGGCCCAGUUUGUGUGCUGCCUAAAACUAUAGUUUAAAACAAACUGGUUUAAUGUGAAUGAGCAGCAUGUUGGUGCACACUGUUCAAAAGUUCCCAUGUUGCUCCUGCUGCUGCCACACCACAAACAAAAUAAGCCAGAGAUUGGCUUGUUGUGUUAUCCAAACCCCAGCUUGUGAUUUCUCUCCAAGCAAGCAUUUAACCAAGGUUUGUUCUUUUUCAUGGUUUAGUUGGAGAGAAACAAACCCUGAGCCUGAGUUUUGAUGACUUGACAAGCCAGACUCUGCAGCGGGAUAGGAAUGAAGCUGGAAUCUUUGAACAGCCUGCAUUGUAUUGCUGUUUGUUUCUUUGAAAUGUGGAAUACUUACGUGUUUACUUAAAGAAGAAGCAAGGAAUACUCUCAAUCUGACAUUCUGAAACUGUAAACACUCUGAAACUUUUAAAAAUCAGCAAGUCAUGAUCAAACAGUACACAUUCAUUUUGGGUAUACUUUGGGGUGGUUGUUGGUUUUUUUUUUUUUUUUAAAGUGUGCCUGUUUUUAAUAACUUGCUAUUGGGAAUUUUCCCAAGAAGUGAUAUUUACUGUAGGUUUAUCUUAUGUCUUCAUAAGCUACUGCAGGUCUCAAGCUUCUAGUAAAGUGAUAAGUGGGGAGGAGCAUUUUUCAAGCAAGAAGUGCCUGGCUUGGUUUUAUGAAUAUGCAGGUAUGAAGCUGGUACAUUUCUAAAUUCUAGUUUUUGCUUCGGUUAUUUAGUAAUAAUUGAUAGUUGUUUCUUUCCUCCUCAAAAUAACAAUUUCACUUACACGUACUUAAGCAUAAUAGGGUGGGGGGCAUUUGUCUACAGUGUCCAAUUUUUUAAAACCACUUGAAGCUUGCAAGACAGCCUUGCAAAAAAUUACUGAAGGAAUGAUUGCUUACCUUAACAUUGUUUGCCUGUCCCUUCUGCCCAAAAGUCCAUGAGGUUCACUGCUGGCACUUGUCAGUCAACAGUAAAAGGCCAUUCUUAUCUCAGGCUCUGUUUUUGUUUCACUCAUAAACAACUACUGACCCUUAAGGAAAUACUGAAGCAUCAAGAAUUUGGAGCCUCUUGAGAAGAACACCAGUUUGGGAUGAUUAUAUCUCACUCUAAACUGCAGAAUUAUGUUUUAAUGUGUCUUUGUAAGUGAAUGAGAGCCUGUUUUGUGUAAUCAGAUACGCUGCACUAACCACUUAGCUUGUUUAAACCUCUGUGCUUUCACAGAAAAGGGGUUAAUCUGAGACUGAACUGAAAGCAUUGAAGAGAGUCCCUUGAAUAAUUGCCUCUGUUUGUUCAGAACUGUAAACAGUGGCAUGACAUUCCCUCAGGCAUACUGAGGUGGUUGAAAUUUGGCUAUCUCACUCCGAACACACAGUGAACUGAGUUGAUGAACUGGAGGACAUGCUUCUCAGUUAGGACUCUUGGUUCAGGAUAGUAGUCCUAAACCAAAUAUAUCCAACAAUGUAUUGCUUAAAUUGGUCUUGUGAAAUUUGCAGCCGUGUGUCCAGUGGCAUUGUUCUAGAUCCAGAAACCCCAGGUGUCUGAACAACUGAAAAACAACGUGGGUUAGGGGCAAUUUAUAGUAGAUAACUGGCACAAAGGCAGGGAGUGCUUAACCCUUCUCGUGUCUGUUAAUAUCUCUGUCCAAUCCAAAUAUGGAUGUGCUGCCAAGCAUUUUGUUUGAUCAGAAGUAAGACUAGUAUGAUAUUUGUAUGGCAUGUGUUAGCUUGAUUUCUUUUGUUUUGAAGGUGAUGAUGAAGUGGUAGGGCCAGAAGGAAUGGAGAAAUUCUGUGAGGACAUUGGCGUUGAACCUGAAAAUGUAAGUCUUGUCCCUAAAGACCAAUAUGCUAUUUCCUGCGAAUCAUUAGACUCAGAUUUUCAAGUCUUCCUCCUCCUCCCCAACAAAUGUCUUCUUCGCUUGCAUUGUGCAUUAAUUUUACUGGUGGAAAUUGAUGUGCUUAACCCUCCCUAUUCACCAGUUCUCCAAUACACAUGCCUCUUCAUCAGAUUUCUAUGCUGCCUUUCCAUAAAAUGAUGUUUACAGUGACUCACAGUAGCUGUGCAAGCAGCUACAAAAUAUCGAAGUAGACCAAAAAUAUUUAUAACUCUCUCUGUAUAUAUAUAUAUAUAUAUAUAUAUAUAUAUAUAUGUACUGAACACACCAAAUUCUUAAUAGAAAUGGUUGUUUAAUAAAUAACAAUAUCUAGGGAUCUGUAAUUUUUGCUGGCCUUGGUACCCAAACCAGAGAUUGUGGUCACCAGAUUUCUCUUCCCUCCCAUUUCAAUAAAUCCUCCCCACCACCCUUUCUGUACAAGAGGAAGGUGAGGAGUCUGUUGUUAGUUGAGUGCCUCCAUGCAUCUACAGCCAAGCCAGCCUUCUACCAGCCUUUCCUAUAGAAAAAGCCAGGAAGGAGCAGACCAGCUUGGGUGCUCAGAGGAGUGUUACACCAGACAGCUCCUCAGUUAAGCAGCCAAACAACCCCAGUUUACCUCGCAAUCUUGGAUCACCCCGUAACUGCUAGGCUGAUAUACACUGUAUUUGUUGUUGUUUUUUUAAAUAAUAUUUAUCACUUUUCCAACAAUUUAAACACACACAAAAAAUAAAAAGAAAAAAGAACAAUACAAUGCAGUACAAAAACACUACAUAACACCUUAAACUAACAAAACAAAACAAAAACAAUUUAAAAGACAUCAAACAAUUUCAAUAUCUUAUCUUUCAUUCACUUAUUUCAAUGACCUCCUCACACCUCCCCUUUUGUAUUCCACUUCUGUUGAUUGUUUCAGCAAUUCCUUUCCAUCUUCCUCUGCUUUCUAUCCUUUAAUUAUCUUAACAAAUUCUAACCUUAUUUUUCCCUUUAAUACUCUAUUGAUCUAUUUAUACUUAAUUCCUUAUAACAUUUCUACUAAAGCCAUAUAACUUCAUUCCAACAUUUUUCUAACAUUCAUUAAUUUUACAAUAUUUCUGUAAAUAGUCUUUAAACUUUUUCCAGUCUUCUUCCACCGACUCUUCUCCCUGGUCUCAGAUUCUGCCAGUCAUUUCCGCCAAUUCCAUAUAGUCCAUCAGAUAUACAAUGUAUUUGCACACCCCUCCACAGCUUCAAAUUUUACAGGAAGUCUGGUCACCUGUCUCCUUGUUCACAAGGCAGUGGCACAGUUGCCGUGAUGACCAGAAAUAUUGAGACCUGACAUUACAACAAUGUUCACCUUUAGAUAACAGUUACUUUGUAUCAGAAAACUCAAGAAUAGCAAUUGGUUCAUUUUCUUACAUAUGAAACUAUAUAUUGCAAUAACUACCUAACAAAAUGGUUUUGCAUUGCCUCUACAAACACAGGUUUGGUUAUGUCUUUCCCAAGAUAACACCACAAAACUUACGGGGAAAAGUCUUCUACAGUUGAGCUAAUUUUAAAUCACAUCUUCAUUUUGAAUCCUUAUGGAUUCGUAUUGCUUUUCAGAGAAAAUAAACCAGGUGUUAAAUAGAUAGUGUUUUUCUUGUAAACAUAUGCUAUUAAAUUAUUAUUGGAGCAUCUUUCCAGAUGUUGGUCUGAAGCUACUUACAUUAAAAUUACAAAAUAUCAUCAGUACAACAAACAUAAAACUAUAAGAAUCCCCCCCAGAACAACCAGUCAGUCAGACAAUUAAAAUCAAUAGCAAAAAAUAGUCAGGAUGCGAAACAACCAUCAUCAAUAUAUUUCUGUCCUGAUUGGUCUACAUUGGUACCUGCGGGACAGAACAGUAUGCCUGUCAGGAGAGGUAUGUCAUUAAGACCUUCCAAAAGGCUUGAAGCAUAGGAGCCUGCCAUAGAUCCGCUGGCAGGAAGUUCCAAAACCAUGGAACAACCAUGGAAAAGGCUCUCUCCCUCAUGGCGCCCAACCUUGUUGAUGUAGGAAAUGAACACAUGAAGAGGGCCUCCAUUAUAGAUCUCCAUGUGCAGCAGGCAGAAAUAGGUGCAGGCAGUCCAUCAGAUAGCUUGAAUUUUAAUUUCUCCUUUUUCCCAUUCCCAUACAGAUUAUUAUGCUAGUUUUAGCCUGGAAACUGGAGGCUGAAAGCAUGGGAUUUUUUACAAAGGAAGAAUGGUUAAAGGGGAUGACCUCAUUACAGUAAGCUUUUUAUAUUUGAAAUCAUCUUCAUGCAUGGCUGAAAGUGCAAACUUAUUUUACAGAACCUUAGCAAAGAGCACAACAGAUGGAAUGUUGGGCACUAUUAUCAAGAGGGCUUUUGGCUUUGACCUGGAAAGGUCCUGUCACUUUCUGGUGCUCCUAACCUAAAGACCACUGAACUUUGUGUUGAACUCUACUUUCAAAAAAAUAUCAGAAAAGCAAGUACUCCUAUGAAUUAUUGCUGUGUGAUUUAUACAGUUGUAAAAAAAAAUCAACUUACAGUCUGUUUGAUGCAUAAUAAUAUUUCUCCUAUUUUAUCUGGCUGGUACUGAUAGGAGUUAUAGUCCAAAACAGCUGAAGAGCACCACAUUGGGGAAAGCUGAACUAGAGUAAUAAUGUUCUCCCCACUGAAGUCCUAGGUCAAUUGGUGGUUUGAGCAGGCAUCUUUUUGGCAGCCAAGAGGGAAGCAAGCUCACUGCAGCUAUUUCUUCACUGGUCAGUGAGGCCAGACAGGGUAGACAGGGUACAACCUUCCAGUAUUCCUUGUUCCGAGAAUGUCCUUUGAACCUCUGUUUGUAUAUUCUCUGUAGAAACAGCCCUAAUCCUGGUAGUCUAAAUGCUUUUCUACUAUUUUGUUAAAAGCGUGCAUUGAAAAAGUGUAUUUUAUAUACUUCUGUCUCCCCUCCCCCCAAAAAAGAAUGUUUGGCAUGUAAUUUUUUAAUCUUUUAUUUUAAGAUGUGACUGCACAGAAAAGCUGCAGAGUAAAUUUGAUUUUUUGCGCUCGCAACUGAAUGAUAUUUCAACAUUUAAGAAUAUCUACAGAUAUGCCUUCGAUUUUGCAAGGGUAAGUGCAUCUUCUCCUUAUAAAAACAUGCAAGGAAUUUGCCAUUUAUAUCUGAGUACUGCCUUUUUUUAAAAUCUCUUUAGGAUAAAGACCAGAGAAGUCUGGAUAUUGACACUGCAAAAUCUAUGUUAGCCCUUCUACUUGGAAGAACGUGGCCUCUGUUUUCAGUAUUUUACCAAUACUUGGAGGUAAGCACACAUUAAAAAAAAAAAAGGUGUUGCAUAUUUUGAUUUGCCUUGUGAAUAGGUCUACAAAAACACCGUAAAUAACAACAAAAACAAAAUCUCAACUGAUCUUCAGUUUAUGAAUGUGUACCUUCUUGGUCUCACUAUAGGCAAUCCAGUGAGGCAGUUUAAGGCUUUUUUCAUUUCCUCUUUGCUUUUCGAAUGGGAGAGAGUGCCUCUAUUUCUAUACGCACUCAGUUCCUUAGUUCCAUUUCUAUACUGACCAUCAACCAAAUUUCAUCUGCUGAGUGGUUAUGUCCACCCUACCUUCAUAUUUCACAAGAAAUGUUUGGGUUCCUACAUAUGUUUCAACCCACUAGAAACAAAAUAUUUUAUGAUUGUUGGCACUACUUUAGAAUGGACAAGCAGAAUUAGAUUUGCAUGACAUCACCACUAGGUGGGUCUUGUGGAUAAGAUGUUGGAACUUCCUGUGCUUUCUAUAUCAACUUCAGCUCCUGGUGCUUAUGCAUAUCAACCCCAUUGCCUUUCUGCGCCACAUGAUGUCAUUUGCUACCAGCUGCCCUUUUCCAUGUUUGCAUGCCUUCCUUUGAGCCUUGCACAACAUUGCUCCCCAUUCCCAGCAAUAAAUCUUCAAGGCGGCUCCUCCACCCCACACCUGCUUCUUCCUCAAACAUUUCCUCAGCUACUGUAAUAACUUGGCUUGUGCAAAGAAAACUGAACACAUUAUUGUUCCUAAAUGCAACACAUUGCGGGCUGAGACCUGAUGUCUUAUUUUUCUGCAGCAGUCAAAAUACAGAGUAAUUAACAAAGAUCAGUGGUACAAUGUGUUAGAAUUCAGCAGAACUGUCCAUGCAGAUCUUAGCAACUAUGAUGAAGAUGGGGCAUGUGAGUAUUCCCAUUUCAAUUAAAAUACUCUUAAGUGAUACUUUAAUCCCCGCAGAUUUAUCUCUCAAUCUCAGGCACUGAAAUCAGGAAAUAAAAAUCCCUCUGCCUUUUCUUUGGAUAUUCUCUCUAAAUAGGCAGAGUUAUCCUCUCUGAAGAGCAGGCAGAGGAAUCUUUUAUCCCCAGUGUAAGCACUAAGCAGUGCUAAGAUUGAAGGGACUGUCCCCUGCCUCCUCUUUAAAGGGCGGGAUCCUCCCCCCAACCUACCGCUGGAGAGCAGGUGAGUGGGAAUGCUGCCUUUUACUUUGAUCCUUCUGUGCAAAUGAAAGGCAGGAUUUUCUCCCAGUCCCGCCGCAAUACUGGAAUGGGUAAGGCUGGAAGUGCUGCAUGUGUUACAUGCAUCUCUGCAUAUUUGUGUGAGUGUAUGUGUGAGUAUAUGUGAGGUGGUAUAUGCCUAUGUCCCUAUAUAUAGGGACGUGGGUGGCACUGUGGGUUAAACCACAGAGCCUAGGACUUGCUGAUCAGAAGGUCAGCGGUUCGAAUCCCCGCAACGGGGUGAGCUCCCAUUGCUUGGUUCCUGCUCCUGCCACCCUAGCACUUCGAAAGCAUGUCAAAGUGCAAGUAGAUAAAUAGGUAUCGCUCCAGUGGGAAGGUAAACGGCGUUUCCGUGCGCUGCUCUCAUUUGCCAGAAGCAGUUUAGUCAUGACCUGGAAGCUGUACACCGGCUCCCUCGGCCAAUAAAGCGAGAUGAGCGCCGCAACCCCAGAGUCGGCCACGACUGGACCUAAUGGUCAUGGGUCCCUUUACCCUUUACCUAUAUUCCUAGCGAAUUUGGGUGCUGCAUACGUGAGAGUAGUGUAGUAUGUGCACACAUACAUUAACCUCCCCACUGCUGAGAUGUGACCCUCAGGGAUGAUUGAAACAGGUUAGCCACUCCUGAGCUAGAGCUACAUGUUAAGAUGAUUUAAGACUUAAUUCCUUCUGUCUUUGUUAUGAGUCAACUAAAACGCAACAUGUUAUAACUGGCAUUAUUUCUUCUGCAGGGCCUGUUCUUCUUGAUGAAUUUGUGGAGUGGCAAAAGGUUCGCCAAGCAUCAUAGCAAGAGCAGCUUUGAAGAAGGUGCUGGAUCUUGUGAUGUUGCAAAAACUGAGUCAAAACCAAGGGUUGCGUUCACAUCCUUAUGAACUUUAGUCAUUUUUUUUCCUUUUAUUUUUAAAGGAAGCCUUGUUACAUGUGAAAUGGGCAUUGAACCACACCUCUUCUGAGACUGAAAAUUGGAGGGUUUCGUCUUAAGUUUCUAGCAUUUCAGAACAAUAAAGAUUCAGAUUUGUAACAGUCUUAAAAGUGAAGGAUAUCCCUUGAAUAUGACUGUGGUUUCCAUGUUCAAAACCAAAACAUUGUAGAGUGCAUCAGAAGUAUCUUGUAUGAGUGUUUGAAUCCUGGAGAUGUGUUUAAAAUUGUAGUUGUAAAGGAAUCUGAUAUGGUAGGUCGCUGAUGAAAUGAUUGUUUUUAGAAAGAAAUGUUAACGUCAAAGCUUUGGCUGGUGUUUUGCCAACACCCCCCAUCGCUUGUGCCAUAGUUUACAGCUUCAUAUGGAGACAUGGCCUUAAAAGAUUUUUUUCUGCAGUUCCCAACAUUUUGUCUUCUAAUGAAACAUUCAUAAUUGUCUUAAUUAUGAAUUAAGUUAAAAGGUACUAAAAGGAUGGUGAUGUCUGUAGCAUCUGUAGGACCUUGAAAACAUUAAACUGUGUUUGAUUAGAAAUUGGCCUAAAUAUUUAAAAGGAAAAAAAAGCAGCCCUAGGAAGGUAGAGCUAGAACUUUAAUGAAAACACUGCAGAUGAUCCUCCUUCCUCUUCAUCUCCUAAUGUGGGACCUUUGGUUUUAUUACCUGAUUUCAUGUGUCUACUUAGCCUGAACUAAGAAAAGUUGCAGUAUCCUCGUGUUUCAUUGCCAUUUAGCAAGAACGGGAAAAGGCACAGUUGUGUGUGCUGAGUUGCAUUGAAACUCAGGCAUGUGCGGAAAGCUGAACUCAGCCUAUUUCUCUUGUUUAUUAUUUGAGCACCAUCAUAACUGCCAUAACAUUCAAAUUCUACUUCCAUAUAUCUUGAGACAGAGAGAUUGGCUGUUUAGUCUGUCAAACAUAGGAAUUCCCAAGGCCUAUUUUGUAAUAAAUAAAUGUAUGGGGUGAAAUGGCAACAAGUUGGCAUGGUGAAUGUUAAAGAAAUCAUUUGCAUCCCUUCUUCCACUCAGGAUGCUAUUUCUGUUUACAUCAUCAUCCUUUUAGCAAAUCUAGGUUAACUUUAUAAAUUACCCCCAUAGCUUACCAUGCUAGGUGAGACAUGGUAGUAUUUGGCUCAGGAUAAUGAGAAAUGUGUUGUGUGCACUGUAAGCAAGUUCAGGUAGUACAAGAUAUCCACAAUGUUUUGUCCAGACAAGAUGUUGCUUUGGUGCAUUUCCCCCCUUCUGAUCAUAGAGUCCUUAAGUAUCUGUUUUGGGUAUUCAAUAGAAAAGGGCUAUUUCUUUUGCAGCUCUGCCAGCUGUUCAGGUGUAUGUGACCCAAGUUAGUCAUUGGAAUUGUUUUGCGUCAUCUUAUAGGGAUGGCCUUACACUGUGUUAUUUUGCUUUUCUGUAAUUCUGCACAGGAAAAAGGAGAUUGGAGUGAGAGGAAGCAUCUAACACUUCAAACUUGCUGCUCUUACUUCAUUGCUUGUGUUAAUGUGUAUGCCAUUACAUUUUAGAUAACUUUGGGAGAGUUCUUAGCCUCAUAUGAACAUGGUCUGUACCAGUUUUUGUUUUUGUAUUGACAUAGCCACUUAUUAAUAUUUGAUGCCAUACCAUCCUAAGUCUGCAGUCUUAAGCAUAUUUCACCUGGGAGCGAGUCCCAUUGAACUUGGCGGUUCUGGGCUGCAAGUUUGUGCAUCAAAAGAACACUGUUGGACUGUACAAGAUGGCUAUUUGAUUACCUCCAGAGUGCCAGUGGGCAGAAGAAAAUGCAUUAUCAGAUUAAUAGUUUGGAUAUGAAAAAUGCUGCAGUGUGUCUAAAUGAGACAUGAGAUGUUUUCUUUAAGAGAUUUCUUUUGCAAAGUGCUAUUUACUGUUCCAAACCCAAAUCCUCGGUAAAAUCUUUUUUGGUGUUUCCCAGGACAGGCUAUGAUUUAGGAUGAUGUCUUUCCCAAAAGAGGGCAAUGCAGGCUUUAAAAGAAGUACAGCCACGAGGGAGGCCUGUCACAGUUGGCGCUGGACUGGCCUCUGGUAUGGGCACUUUCUCGCGCUCUGAUACCAAUGGGAUGGAGCAGCUUGAAAUUGCAUCUAGUGAUAAGGCACGGGUCGCCACAAGGUCAUUCUCUUCCCCUGGUUUUUUGCCAUGGUGCUUCCCCUCCAACAUGUCCCCAUCCUAAUUACGUCUACCAGUGAUAUGCACAAUCUCUUGGGGAUUAAACCCCGAAGAAAAUGGGGCAGACCUCAGAGCAAGCAUGCAUAGGAUUGAACCAUCAAGUCAUCCUUAUUGGCAUCCAGUCCUUUGUGUUGUGCUUUAGAAAACCUUUCUCUCAGGUUUUUAAAGUCUCAAGAUACGAAUCAGGAAAGCGCAACUAUGUUUCUAAUGUAAACAAAACCAUCUUUUAAUUCAAGUGAUUAAUUUUUUUAAAAAAAAACUAGCCCAAAGGAGCUGGUAUUAACAUGGUAAAUCGCCAGACUGUUGUUUCCACCAUUGCCAGUGUCUUUACUUAAUGUGAAGGUAUCAACUUGCUGUGUAUGACUUGUAUCUCUGAGGUUUUAUCACUAUUCUUAUAAUAAAACCAUGUUUCAGGGAUUUAGACCUUGUUUUUUGUGAGUGGUUUUUAAAAUACCAGUAUACUAUUAAAAUGAUAAUGGGUGUAUGUUACAUGUUAAGAGUCAUUUCUGCAAGAAGAUAGAAUUUCGCUGAGAGAAGCUUUUCCAUAUUGCUUUUUUUUUUUUUAAGUAAAGACAGAAAGAAAAGUAUUCAGUGUUCAGUUAUCAGACACUAAUUAAAACUGGAAUACUUCC